ACAAGUAUACUUGUAUACCUCCGUCUAGAUUCUAACUACUUCCCAGAUCAUCGAGCUUUAAUCCUGCUACAGUAUUCAUCGUCAGGCGUGUCGUUACCAUGGCUUUGGAUUUUUCGCAAUAUGGUGGUCCGUCGGACGAGUGGCUGGCGAUCGAGAAGACGCUGCCAGCCUUGUCCUUCGACACAAACAUCGACCCUGUUGUUCUGAAGAACGCUGUCAACAGAGAGCGAGAGGAGAGAGCAGCUGCAGGCAUGAAGUUUUUGGCGCCGCAUGUCCACACAGUUGAUUACACCAUCCCAACACGCGACGGUUCGACGAUUGAGGCCCGUAGCUACCGCUCUGUCAAGAAGGAUAAAUCAGAGAAGUUCCCUGUCUACAUCUAUUUCCAUGGAGGUGGUUUCAUCUUUGGCAGCAUAGCCUCGGAGGAUUUCGUGUGCGCCCAGACUGCCAUCAACACUGGAGUACUUGUCGUGAAUGUCAACUACCGGCACACCCCUGAGCACGUCUUCCCUACCGCGUGGCACGACUCCCAGGAUGCAUUCGCCUGGGUACACAAGAACAUCGAAGAGCUCAAUGGUGAUCCUUCGAAAGUUCUAGUAGGCGGGGUCUCAGCUGGCGGACAGCUAGCGGCAUCUCUCACGCUGGAGAAACAUCUCGGAAGAAGCGAGGUCAUGAAGGGCCUUCCAGAUCUUGCCGGACAGAUCUUGAUCAUUCCCUGCUUGGCAAGUCCAUACACCUACGACGAGGGACCAGGCGCGAAACUGAAAGCUGGGAAGUCCUCUUACAUCGAGAACGAGCAUGCACCGAUCCUGCCGAAGAAGACAAUGGAGUUCUUCACCGCGUUGCUCAAGGCUCCUAAGGCAGAUCUGAAAGACAUGAAGGUCAACAUCGUGAAUGCGACGGAAGAAGAGGUCCGUGGCUUGCCUCCUACGGUCUUUGGUAUUGCUGGGCUGGAUCCUUUGCGAGACGAAGCGUUACUGUACGCAAAGCAGCUCGCCGAGGCGAACGUAUCAACAGAGAUCAGGCUGUUCAAGGGCGUACCGCACGGGCAUAGACGAUUCGGCAAAGCGUUGAAGGCUUCUGAUCACUGGGAUGAGUGUGUCGACGAGGGCAUCUUGUGGGCGUUAUCGAAGCCUCAAGCGACAGGCAAGUUCGACGUCAAGCUUCCUUAGCCUCUUUUGCAAGCAAAGAAAUGUCGGGUUUGAGAUAGAAUACACGUG